UAACCCUAUCCACUUCUUCCCCUUCUUUCUCUUCCUGAGUCUUUUUUCCUCAGGAAACACACACAGAAGGUGGUGAGCCGCCAGGAAUGGAGGCCGGCCGCACCCUGCGCCUACGUCGGCGGCGCCAGGGGGGCCACGCACGUGGCAGGGGCCCGCACGCUCUGCCAGAGCCGGUCGCGCCCCGCUCCAAUGGCCACGCUGAGCCGCGCGCCUGGGGAGGCCGCGAACCAGGCUGGCUGCACCCUCGCCGUGAGGGGUCGUGCCGCCAGCGCCAGGCUGUGGCAUGGCCACGCUGGUCUGGGGCCGUGCCCGCAGCGGCCAGGGUGCCCGACCCCAUGCCAGCCGGGUCGCUGCGCCCGCACUGGCGUCCUUGUGGGCGCCAGCGGCCGGCGGGCUUUCCGCGCCCCCGUGUGGCCGCACCUUGCGGUGCGUGUUGACCGAGCCAAGGUCGCACUAGGAGGGCCGGCCGCGCUCGCGACUACAUUGGGUUGUUCGCUCGUCUUCCUCGCCGCCCACCCCGUCGGCGCGCUCGCCGCCGCCGUGUCGCUCGACAGCUUCAUCCGCGUCUUCGAUGUCGACACGGGGGCGUCCGUCGCCACGCUGGAGGCGCCGCCGUCUGAGGUCUGGUGCGUCCAGUUCCACCCCAAGGCAAUAAAUGCUUGUGAAACACCAAGCGAGCAAGUUCACAACAAGCUUAAACCUGCAGGCAGCAAAUGCUUGUGCAACACCAAAUAUUUGAGGAAUUGGAUCCAGCAUGUACUGAAGGAAAAGUUCGUAACAAUAAAAAAUUGGAUUGCUCCACCUAAGGUUAUUGGGUCACUCCAUGCUAUUCAGUGAUAUCAACUCCAAACAAGGACUUUUAUUUUGUGCAGUCCACAUCUUCCUAUCCAACUCUAUUUUGGAGCUGGACAUGUUGUGUAGUAAGGAAUAUCUCCAGGUUUAUUGAUUAUCAGCUAGCAAGUAGAAGAGAUAUUCUUUUGAACAGAUGAUUGUACUCACACACUAGUAGUACACUACUAUUGUACAACAACUUUACAUUAUUUUCUCUACUUGCCUAAUUACAUAUUACAUUUUUCAGGAAGUGUGGGGCACAACAAGUGUUUGGCUUAAGUUCAUGAAAAAUGGUUCUCCACAACCUGGUGGACGUGCUUUUGGGUUUUUAUUUUCUAUUGUAUGCACCAACCUUAGUAUUAUAUAUCAAACACAAACUACUAUAUAUUGGUUGUUGGUGUGCAUUCAUGUAAGCUUUUGUUGGAUAAUGUAGUAUGCAAGACAAGAUUGUAUGCUUGACUUUGUUGGAUGAUGUAGUGUGAUGUAAUGUGCAAGAUAAGAUUGUAUGGUACAAUAUAUAUGUAUCGACCUCCAUGUCAUGUGUGACCUUAUAUCUUUGUGUGUAAUGAAAAUUGAGCUUGAAUGUGGGUUUGAUGUGCUAAA